AUGGCAGCUUGUGAUGCUAACUACGUUUUCACAUAUGUUUAUAUCGGAGCUUUAGGUAGCCAGAGUGAUGGUGGUGUACUUGCUAGAAGUGACUUUGGAAAGAAAUUAUUAAGUAACACUUUGGAAGUUCCUUGCGAUGCCAACUUACCAGGAACUUCUAUAAAUUGUCCCUACUAUUUUGUCGGCGAUAACGCAUUUCCAUUAAAAGACAAUUUAAUGCGACCAUUUCCGGGACAUAGCUUACCCCAAGAUAAGGACAAAUUUAAUACAAUGUUGUCUAAGGCUCGAGUGCACAUAGAAAAUGCUUUUGGCAUUUUGGCCAACAGAUGGAGGGUACUGCAUACAACGAUACAUAUGUCCCCAAAAAAUGCAGACAAAGUUGUCUUGGCCACGGUUGUGCUUCAUAAUUUUUUAAUGCUGAAAAAUGACAGAAACUACUUCACUAUUGAGCUUGUCGAUCACUCAAUUGACAAUCGUGACAUUGAAGGUCAAUGGAGCGAAGAUGUGCAUUCUCUGCCAUCAUACCAACCUAGGUCAGCUAACCGCUCAUCCACAACGAAAAUAAUGUGUAAUAUACACUAA